GAGCCGUGAGGGAACGGCUCCCUGAAGAGGAUGGUGGGAAUGACACUUCCAAGGAUUCCCUGGAAUUUUCCCGCUCUCUGCUGGCUCCUGGCCGUGCCCAUUCUCGGUUCCCUGGGCUUGGAAUGCCAGGAGCACCAGUACAGCUUCCAUGAGAAAUGCUGCAGCGACUGCGCCCCCGGGGAGAGGAUGCGGAGUCGCUGCACGGCCUCUGCCGACACCGUGUGCUCGCCGUGCCAGGACGGAUAUUUCAGCUCCAAGCACCACCACGGCUUCUGCCAAAGCUGCACCAUCUGCAACGCCCGGAAGGGCAGCGUGGAGGUGAAGCCGUGCGAGAGGACCUCGGACAGGGUGUGCGCGUGCCAGGCGGGAUUCCAGCCCGCCGGGGGCACUCCCGUGGGAAGGGAGUGCUCCCGAUGUCCUGAAGGGACUUUCUCCAGAGGAGGGAACAAGAACUGCCAGCCUUGGACCAACUGCAGCAGUUUUGGGAAGAGCACGCUCCGAGCUGGCACGGGCACAGAGGAUGCCCGGUGCAGCAGCAGCCCCGGCAGUGCCGGCAGCCCUGGCCCGCUUCCCUCUCCCACGGAAUCCCCGGAAAACAGGGAGCCCUCUCCCACGGAAUCCCCGGAAAACAGGGAGCCCUUUCCCACGGAGCUCCCCGAGAACAGCUCCAGAGCAUCCAGCCCCGGGGACAUCCCCGCGGUCUGUCGGGAUCCCGGCGCUGCCACGGAGCCCGCGUGGGGCUCUUUAUCCCUGCUGCUGCUGUGCCUGCUGCUGCUGACGGUGAGUGGAAUUUCCAUCCUGCUCCUGAUCAUCCAGGCAGCCCAGAAGAAAAGCAGGAAUGGGCCUGGGAGGAGCACCCAGCACAAGGACGGGAGCUGCAGGAUUCCCAUCCAGGAGGAGCAGAUCGAUUCCAAUUCCAGCCUCACCAAAAACUGACUGCCGCCUCGGGCUGCUCCCUGCCCGUCUGAGCCGGCAUCUGGAGGAACUGGCACUAAUUAGGGCUGGGCUUGCUUAAUCAGGAGUUCAUCUGAGGCUGGUUUAACUCUGUGAUUUACUCAAGAUCUCCCUUUGGAAUUUGGGAGAAUUCCUGAGGGAAUUUUGUGUGGAUUUCUUUAUCUUUUAGGCAAAUCCUUGAGCUCCAAAAUCAGGAUUAAGUGGCAGAGCUGAGCUCUAAAAUCAGGAUCAAGCGGCAAAGCUGAGCUCUAAAAUUGGGAUUAAGUGGCAAAGCUGAGCUCUGAAACCAGGAUUAAGUGGCAAA